GGUAAUGAAGUAACAGAACCUAUUUUGUUUAGAUACCAGCAAACAAGCCCUGGCUUAUGGAGAGAAGUAUAUUGAUGAGCUCAUGGAUGCUCAAUCCAAAAGUCUAGAUACUCAUGAGGUGGAAGACACUCCUCAGGUGGAAGAUACCCCUGGGGUCGAAGAUUCUCCUAGGGUUGAAGAUACUCCUAGGGUCGAAGAUACUCCUGAGGUCGAAGAUUCUCCAGAGGUUGGAGAUGCUCAAGAAGUUCAAUCAAAAAAUACGGGAGAAGAGGAUGGGUUUCCCAGAAAGCUGUAUUGUACAAUAUUCUUUAAAUCAGACAAAACGUUUGAUAUUAUACCAUGCAGAAAAACAAAAACCCACAAAAUUGGAGAUAAAAUCACUGUCAGGAGUCAUCAUGGACUGGUUGUCGGAAUGUUUGGUACCAGUGAACAAGCCUUGGUUUAUGGAGAGAGAUAUGUUGAUCAAUGGCUCAUGGAUGCUGAUGAGAUCAUGGAUGCUCAAUCCAAAAGUCUAGAUACUCCUGAGGUCGAAGAUAAUUCUGAGGUCAAAGAUUCUCCAAAGGUCAAAGAUACUUCUGAGGUCGAAGAUACUCAUAAGGUCAGAGAUUCUCCUAAGGUCAAAGAUACUCCUGAGGUCGAAAAAACUCUUGAGGUCAAAGAUACUCCUGAGAUCAAAGAAACUCCUAAGGUGGAAGAUACUCCUGAGGUGGAAGAUACUCCUGAGGUGGAAGAUACUCCUGAGGUGGAAGAUAGUCCUGAGGUGGAAGAUAGUCCUGAGGUGGAAGAUGUUCCUGAGGUGGAAGAUGAUCCUGAGGUGGAAGAUGAUCCUGAGGUGGAAGAUAUUCCUGAGGUGAAAGAUACUCCUGAGGUGGAAGAUAUUCCUGAGGUUGAAGAUACUCCUGAGGUCAAAGAAACUCCUGAGGUGGAAAAUACUCCUGAGGCGGAAGAUGCUCCUGAGGUGGAAGAUGCUCCUGAGGUCAAAGAUACUCCUGAGGUGGGAGAUACUCCUGAGGUGUAA